AUGGACGCAACCGAGACUGAAGACGCAGCGAAAGGCGCAGGUGACGUGGUGAACCCAGAUGCUUCAACAGGUACAGCCACACCGACUGGUGGUGAUGGACCAACAAUACAAGCAGACAUAACAUCUGGGGAGGUAGCUCAAGAGCCAGACGGCCAAACCGAGGAAGGCUUCACAAGCACCUCAUCGAAGGAGCCUGAGCCGGUGGAAUUGACUGAACUUCCAGUGUUGUGCGAGAGGAACCAGCCUGGCAACUCACGAGCGGCAGUGCCAGUGCUAGACAUGCCUUUUACAAUUGAGAAACUGAACACUGCUAUCGUUGACUGUAUCCUGCGCACAGGUCGCAUCCUGCUGGACAUGCCGUGCAAGGUGUGCCUCGACCACUCUUCGGGAAAGCACUACGGGAUAUUCGCCUGCGACGGGUGCGCCGGCUUCUUCAAGCGCUCUAUCCGCCGCAACCGGCAGUACGUGUGCAAAGCCCGAGGGGCGGCUGCCAACGGCUGUCCGGUGGACAAGACGCACCGCAACCAGUGCCGAGCCUGUCGCCUACGAAAGUGCCUCGAGGCCGGCAUGAACAGAGAAGCUGUUCAGCACGAGCGUGGACCGCGCAACUCGACGAUACGCCGCCAGGUGGCCCUCUACUUGAAGGAAGGACAUAGGCCCACGGGAUUCGGCCUUCCUGUUCCCUCAGCCGCGCUGUCACCUGGAGCAGCCGCCGGCGUUCUGAGUGCAGCCGGAGCAGCGGCUGCUGCGGCUGCAGCGGCAAGCGUCGGUAGCCCUUUCGCCGCUCUGCAUCCGGCGCUGCUGGGUUCCGCUGGUGUGACACCCGAUGCAGCGAGCAGCGUUGCGGCCGCCGCCGCCUUUUACACGACGCCGUCGCUGAGGCCCCUGCCUGGAGCGGGACUCUGCCAUCCAACGCCGAAGUACCCUUACGAGUUCCCCAAUGCCUUUCCUGAGACCAUCUGCGAGGCUGCGGCGCGGCUGCUUUUCAUGAACGUCCGGUGGAUGAAGCACGUGACCGCCCUCAGUGCCAUACCAAUGAGGGAUCAGGUGUUCCUGCUGGAAGAGGGGUGGCGGGAAAUGUUCGUGCUGUCGGCGGCGCAGUUUAACCUGCCCCUCGAGGUGGCGCCACUACUCGCUGCUGCAGGCCUCUCCUCGGAGCCAACGACAUCGAAUCGCGUGGAGGCGCUCAUAUCGGAUAUACGAAACUUUCAGGAUGUCGUCGCCAAGCUGAAGGACAUGGGCUUGGACCCGUCUGAGUACACGUGCAUGAAGGCCAUCGCACUCUUCAAGACCAACUUCCCGGGUCAGCCACCUGAAUCGCUACCAUUGAGGGAUCCCGAAGCCGUGGGAGCCAUGCAAGACCAGGCGCAGACGACCCUCAUGCGCUGUGUCCAAACGGCGCAUCCGACGCAGCCGCACCGCUUCGGCAAGAUCCUGCUUGCCUUGGCGUGGCUCUCCACUGUGCCUUCGGCAACGAUAGAAGAGCUGUUCUUCCGAAAGACCAUUGGCACCAUUCCCAUUGCGAGGCUUCUCGGAGACAUGUACAAGACGGGAGGCUUAUGA